GCCUCAUGUUCUUUCCUUAAACCCUAAAAAUAGCAUUUGCAACUCUCCUCUAUAUUAACUCCAUCGAGAUCUUUUCUAUCCAUUUGAUCAAAACUUUGUAAAUACCAAACACCAAAACCCCCUUUCCCCCCAAUAAGGAAAAAAAAAAAAAAAACAGAGCUAGAAGGGGCUCAUAGUUAUGAGCCACACAGUUACAGGCCCCGUCUGCUCCAUUUCUAACAUGUAAAUAGACACAUUAGAAGAAGAAGAAAAAAUAACUUGAAAACUAAAGAAAAGCAGUAAAAAAUGGGGUUUGAUGGUGACAAGAAAAAGAAAUGUAUCAUCGCCGGUAGCGUCUCGGGUUUGCUAGUCAUCAUGGUUGUCUCUGUAGCUGUCGUAACAUCUAAAAACUCUCCCAAUGAAAACGAAAUCCGGAAAACCACCAAAGCGGUUAAAGCAGUUUGUGCACCCACCGACUUCAAAGACAUCUGCGUCAAAAGUUUAAUGAACGCCUCCCCCAAUUCCACCGAGCCUCUCGAGCUCAUCAAACUCAGCUUCAACGUCACCAUCAAAUCAAUCGACGACGCACUCAAGAAAGCCUCUCAAGACGUUAAAUCCAAGGCUGACGAUGACCCCGAAGCAAAGGGUGCUUUCGAGCUGUGUGAGACGCUGAUGAUUGACGCCAUCGAUGAUCUGAGAAAGUGUGUUGAUCACGGGUUCUCAGUUUCUCAGAUUGACGGAUUUGUCGAGGAUCUUCGGGUUUGGCUAAGUGGCUCCAUCGCGUUCCAGCAGACCUGUAUCGAUUCCUUUGAGGAAAUUAAGUCGAAUCUUAUGCAAGACAUGCUCAAAAUCUUCAAAACAUCAAGACAGCUUAACAGCAACAGCCUUGCCAUGGUUACUGACCUCUCCACCAUUCUCCCUAAUUCCAACAUCACAGGACUCACCGGUGCUCUUGCAAGCUACGCUAGAAAGCUCUUGUAUACAGAAGAUGGUAUCCCAACAUGGGUCGGACCAGAGGCACGGCGGCUCAUGGCAGAACCACCGGGUGGAGGACCAACAGUGAGAGCUAAUGCCGUGGUGGCUCAAGACGGAACUGGCCAGUUCAAGACCAUCUCCGAUGCUCUAAAUUCUGUGCCUAAAGACAACAGACUCCCAUUCAUCAUCCACAUCAAACAAGGUAUCUACAAAGAGAAAGUAAUCGUCACCAAGAAAAUGCCUUACAUCACUUUUAUCGGUGAUGGACCAACCAAGACCAAAAUCACCGGCAGCCUCAAUUUCGGUAUCGGAAAAGUCAAGACGUUCCUUACAGCCACCGUCACAAUCGAGGGAGACCACUUCACAGCUAAAAACAUCUGGAUCGAGAACACGGCUGGACCAAAUGGAGGACAGGCGGUGGCGCUGAGAGUCACGGCGGAUUUCGCCGUGUUCUACAGCUGUCAAAUCGACGGUUACCAAGACACCUUAUACGUCCACUCUCACCGGCAAUUCUACCGCGAGUGCACAGUCUCCGGAACCGUAGAUUUCAUCUUCGGGGACGCGAAAUGCAUCCUCCAGAACUGUGAAAUAGUCAUUCGAAAACCCAAGGGAGGUCAAUCGUGUAUGGUCACAGCUCAGGCACGCAGCGACGUCCGUGAAUCGACCGGAAUAGUGCUCCACAACUGCCAUAUAAUGGGAGAUACGGCGUACAUUCCGGUGAAAUCUGUGAACAAAGCAUAUCUAGGAAGGCCGUGGAAAGAGUUCUCGAGGACGAUCAUCAUGAAGUCGACGAUCGAUGACGUCAUCGAUCCAGCGGGGUGGCUUCCUUGGCAGGGAGACUUUGCGCUCAAGACGCUAUACUACGCCGAGCAUCUGAAUAUUGGGCCUGGAUCUAAUCAGGCCCAAAGAGUUAGAUGGCCCGGAAUCAAGAAACUAUCGCCUGAGGAGGCUCUACUAUACACUGGCGGCAGAUUCUUACGUGGCGAUACGUGGAUCCCACAAACCCAAGUUCCGUACAUCGCGAACAUGUAGGAGAUACCAAAUCUGUAAAUGAUUUUAUUUUACAUGAUUUACAUCUUUUGUUUUUCAUGUGUUCUUGUGUAGAAUUGUUUAAAGAAUGAUUAAUUGACUCUUUAAUUUACUGCCCAUUUCAUCGUGA